AUGAUAAAUGCCCACUCAACGUUUGCUGUUCCAAGUAUGUUCGGCUUUUGUGGCACCACCAAAAAUUUCUGUGGCGACAAAGAGGUCGAACGACCAUCUUGCAGCUCCAGCAAAGGCAUAGACAAAGUUAUUGGCUACUAUGAGUCAUGGAGUCUGACAGAGAGGUCCUGCAACGGCCUUCUUCCAGAAGAGAUUCCUUAUGGCCUCUAUACGCACAUCAAUUUCGCGUUCGCAACUAUCAACCCAAAAACCUUCGAGGUCGAAGCAACAGACUCGGGUGCCGAGGAUCUAAUGAAGCGAAUUGGGACUUUGAAGAUCCUUCAACCUAAUCUCAAGAUCUGGAUUGCCAUUGGUGGUUGGACCUUCAGCGACGCGGAUCAACCUACCGCAAAGACGUUCUCUAUUCUGGCGGCUUCGAAGCCCCGUCAGCAGGCAUUUGCAAAGUCGCUCCUCUCCAUGAUGAAUACAUAUGGCUUCGACGGUGUUGAUAUUGAUUGGGUGAUAAGUCACAAGGAAUUGCAUUCCGCUGCUCUUCGUUCUCGAGCGGUACAGCAUUGUGGUAUCAUGAAGGAUUGUCUAACUAUUGAUGCUAGGGAAUACCCAGUUGCAGAAGACCGCAACGGAAACACUUACGAUUACUUGAGUUUCACCGCCUGGAUGGACUCACUCAAAACUAGCUUGGGCAAUAAAGGCUUGAGUCUGACCUUGCCUGCAAGUUAUUGGUAUCUGCAGCAUUUUGACAUCACGCACCUGGAGAAACAUGUGGACUGGUUCAAUAUCAUGCUUUACGACUUACACGGAGCAUGGGAUAUCGGUAACAAGCACACCGGGCCUUUCGUCGACGCUCAUACAAACAUGACUGAGAUCAAUGGAGCGCUUGACCUCCUCUGGCGAAACGACAUUAAUCCGAACAAAGUAGUUUACGGCAUGGGCUUCUAUGGACGUAGCUUCACUCUCACUGAUCCCUCAUGCUCGUCACCAGGAUGCACGGUAGCAUCUGGAGGCAAUGCAGGAAAGUGCUCAAACACUGUCGGUGUGCUUCUCAACCCCGAGAUUCAGGACAUCAUCAAGAAAAAUAACCUGAAACCCAAGCUACAUGAGAAGGAAGCUGUCAAAACCGUUAACUGGGGAUCCCAGUGGGUGUCUUUUGAUGACGCAGAGACAUGGAAAUUGAAGGGUAAUUCGCUGAAGAAACAAUGCAUAACCAAUAUCAUGGUAUGGGCAGUAUCUCACGACGACAAGAAUGGUACCCAUGCCAGGGCGUUGCUCAAAGGGAUGGGUAAGGAGGUCGCAGACCUGCCUAAGAUUGAGGCCCAGCCCGCGGCCACAGAACCCCCUAAACCGAUCUCUCUUUGCCGAUGGGCCGAAGUUGGUACAAUCGAAACCGCGUGUAAUUUUGGCUAUCAGAGCGCAUGCUGCACUGAGACUGGAUCAACACACGCCUACGCACAAUGCAAAUGGGUGGGUGGCGACGCCAUAUGCUCGAAGGCAGGAGGCCAUGCAGAUUGUCCCUCGGACUACCCGACCUUCAUCGUCGCUUCAAGUAAUGCUGCAGGCGGUCAGCCCACGUGCGAUACAGGAGCACGAAGCUACUGUUGCAAGGGAUCUGAGGCACCAGCAGCAUUUACUGACUGCAAGUGGUACACUCAAGCUACAGGACGAGUGAAGGGAAAUAAGAAGUGCGAGACCUCGUGCCCCAAAGACACUGUGCGUCUCUCAAUGCAACAUCUGUCCGAAUGCGAAAACGGUGGCGGAUUGGAUUGGGGUGCGUAUUGUUGUAAGGGCGAGCCACCCAAGAAACUGGAGCCAAGAGAGCCUACAACUGGCAACAACCAAUAUACAGAUUUCGUCGCUCUGGUGAAGGCUUACAUGAAAGACCCAACAUGUCCCAACACCAGCGGGCACUUGGACUACUUUCACGGUGACCCUGCGUUGAAGCGCUCCUUGACCUCCCGACAGGAGUGCUCCGCCAACAACAACUUCCUCCGUCUUGCUCAAUGGAUGUCGUCCCUCAUCGUCAACCCUGUCAUUGCCAUGAAUUCCCCCGCCAUCAUCAAUGCAUGGGACACAUUAGUAGCGAACGUUAUUGACUCUGGACUCCUCUACCUGAGCUUGCUCAGACAACGCGAGCUCACGAAUUGGGAUCCGACUGCUAUGAUGACCGAUGUCCUUUUGGACGCACAGUCUGCUGGCGCUGGUAUGAGAGAGUAUCAAGCUGCGGCUCCCCUGGUCUGUGAGAUUGAAGGAGGCGCAACUCGCAAGCGGGAUCUAUCAGGUACCGAGUUGCUUUCAUCUUUGGACAAUGAAACUGCGAUGAUCGAUCGCCGGCACGUCACUCCCUUCUAUGGGGCGACAACUGCAAGGAUGCCCAACACUCGCCUUAUUUUGCAGGGCAUUGAAGAUGGGCACCUUACCUUGCAUUAUGCACGAUACCAGUACAUGGGGGGCCGAAACACGCAAGGCCAUCCUCCUGGUCCAAUCCUCGAGCUCGCCUAUUGGGUUGGCCGUAAUCCUGGCGUUGCUCCAACGCAGGCAGAAGAGACUAGUGACAAUCUCGACCGAUACCGCGAUUCAGGCACGCCAGGUACUGACCGAUGGGUCAUGUUCCAUAUCCACUUUGAUCCGACUAACCCGAAUUUAUGGUUGCAAGACCGCAAUACUGGAGAGGUCUACAUCGGAACACCAAGUAUUCGCAUCUACCAUGGUCAGACUACAAAUCAUCGGAGUGGUGGCCAUCCUAGGGCACUACGCGUCGAUAAUUCAGCUGGGGAUCGAAACAUUCCUGGACAGGUUAAUACUCGAUCAGCUUUGAUAACUUGUCCACCAGGCCAACUUUUCUAUAUUGGCUACGGCGUGCCAAAUAAUCACGCAAUUCACACAGGACCAAGGCCCCCCACGCAGUUGACACCCGUGCCUUACGCCCCAGCUCAACCUGCCAACCCACCUGCUGGUGCGCAGCUCCCGUUCGGCAACGCACUACAACGAUUUGGUGAGCGACUACGGCGUGAAGGUCUCGUCGACGCUCAGCAAUAUGGUGGACUCUCCUACCUCUUCAACCCCGCGGGAUACCAGGCACCUCCAGCAAACGGAGGUAACCCACAAUUCGACAUCAAUGCAGGCGCUCCUACACUGAUCGGUACGAACAACUAUCAAGCUGGAGGUCCAUACUACGAUAAUUGGGUUCCAGACGGCCAAGGCGGAUACAUCAUGAAUCCUUACGUACCACCUUAG